AUGGGGGAGCAUGUCAAUUUACACUUGGAUUAUAAAGGCAAUAAAGAAAUAGUUGAAUCUGUGCUUUCAAUUGGAUCAAAAGCUUUUACAGUGCUGCUUUCGAUUCGGGCAAAUGGAGAUAAAGAUCCAGCCCUUAUUGUUUUUAGCGAGAAAUCUGGCAUUCCAAAAUCUGUGGAAAAGAAAUUAAUAAUUCCUCCUAAUGUCCAAGUUGCACAUAGCUCAAACGGGUACAUAACUAUUGAAAUUCUUAAGCAAUAUAUUUUAAGAAAUUAUAAUGAUGUGGAGUUAAUGAUAUCUGACAAGUGCACAUCACAUACUUCUGAUAUCAUAAGAGAGUUAUAUACAGAGAAGGGAAUUAAGCAUAUUUCUAUCCCCAGCAAUUGCACAAAAUAUAUUCAGCCAUUGGACGUUAGCAUUUUCAGAAGUUUUAAAGCAAAACUUGAUCAGCUGAAGUCAGAAUAUAUUGAAAGCAAUUUAAAUGAACGUACUAAAGCAGGGAAUAUUAAAAACCCAACAAGACAGAAUGCAAUAAAUUGGAUUUCUAUAGCUUUUGAAGAUAUUUCAAGCGAAAUAAUAGAAAUCAAGAAGAAUCAGUCGCAUUUGAUCAUUGUCCUAAAUUUAAGGUAA